AAAAAUCUCGAUGACACUUUGACAGUUUUUUGAUGUACACUAUUUUGUAAUUUAAUUCCUUUGCAAUAGAAAUUGGUGCACAGUCUCAAAUCUGGUGAUUACGAAUUUUCCAAUAAAAAUCAAAUAACCACAGUCAAAAAACAUCAAAUAAAAUGAUUCGUUUUAUUUUAAUCCAAAAUCGAGCUGGAAAAACCCGCCUUGCCAAAUGGUACAUGAACUUUGACGAUGACGAAAAACAAAAAUUAAUUGAAGAAGUCCAUGCAGUGGUCACAGUUCGAGAUGCAAAACACACCAAUUUCGUUGAGUUCCGGAAUUUCAAAAUCGUCUACCGGAGGUACGCAGGUCUCUACUUCUGCAUAUGCGUUGAUGUCAACGACAACAAUCUCUGUUACUUAGAAGCCAUACACAAUUUCGUCGAAGUCUUAAAUGAAUACUUCCACAACGUAUGUGAGUUGGAUUUAGUAUUUAAUUUCUACAAAGUCUACACCGUCGUAGACGAGAUGUUCUUGGCUGGCGAAAUCCGAGAGACAUCUCAAACGAAAGUUCUCAAACAAUUGCUCACGCUGAAUUCCUUAGAAUAAAACAAAAACACACAACAAACCCAAAAAAACACAAAAUAUUAUGAUACAACUAUUCCCCUUUUCCUAAUGAAAUUGUUAUAAAAAAAAAAAAACAAAAUUUGGAUAUUAUAGUUUUUAGCCUAAAAGGUAAAUUAAUCAUGCAUUGGCUUCAUUCAUUUGGUCCAAAUAUAUUUAAAUUUUAUUUUAUCACUGAUUGCUGAAAGUAACUUGCGAACAAUUAGACACAGAAAACGAAUAAAAAUGAUUUUAAAAUUUAGCGCAAAUCAAGGCAAUUUUCGGUGUAUUAUUAUAAUUAUAUAAAUUUAUACUCUUAAACAAAAAAUAAUGAAAAAAACAUAAACAAAUAUUAAGGAAUCUAUUGUAAUCUAUUGUACAUUCUUUGUUAUUAUUGUAUUCCUGUACCUUAUCUCAACAAGUGAAACAACUUAGUUUAAUAUAAUAAUAUACACAACAAUUAAGUAUAAAAUAAUUUAAAAAAUCGUGUUUCAUUGCAUUUAUAGUAAAGAAAGACAACAAAAUACAACAAAAAUAUAAAGAAAGCAUGGCGAUUAAUUAAAAAUAAGUCUCAUUUAAACAAAAAAAAUAUGCUUGUGAUGUAUAAACAAAUAAAUUAAUAUCAAAAAUGCCAUCAAACAAUAAGUAUUUAGUGUAUGUGAUCACACUCAAAUGAAGAAAUCGUUAUAAAUAAAUUAAUUGCAUUCCAAAGUAUUACAAAAAACUGAGA